UACAAUAACCUUAAAUUGAGAAAUAAAAGAAACCCCUUUGUCUCUCUCUCUCUCUCUCUCUAUACAUCUUUCUCUCUCUAUUUCUUGAACAGAAAAGAUUUUAAGUGCUCUGGCUGGUUUUGGAAAUUUGCAUGGGGCUUCUUGUGGGUUCUUGUUGAAUUGAAAAACCCAGUAAAGCAAUUCAGAAAUCUUUGUCUGAAAUUAAAAUAAAAAUCUGUUCUUUGCCCAAAUGUUUCAAGAAGAGGGGUCAUCCUCUGUUACAUCAUCACCCCUCCAAAUGUUUCCGAUGAUGUCUUUACCUCCUAGUUUGACCAUGUCUCCAUAUCCAUGGCUCAAAGAUCUAAAGCCCGAGGAGAGAGGAUUGUACCUAAUCCAUCUCUUAGUCACUUGUGCCAACCAUGUCUCACAAGGCAGCUUCGAAAACGCAAACAUAGCCCUCGAUCAAAUCUCCCACCUCGCCUCCCCAAACGGGGACACAAUGCAGCGAAUCGCCUCCUAUUUUUCGGAGGCUCUGGCGGAUAGAAUCCUCCGAACAUGGCCCGGCAUUUACAAGGCCUUCCGCUCCACUAAAAUCUCGUUUCUUUCCGAAGAAAUCCUCGUUCGCAAAAUGUUCUCAGAUUUUCUCCCAUUUACGAAGGUGGCAUCCGUGAUAGCCAACCAAGCGAUUAUCGAGGCAAUGGAGGGCGAAAAAAUGGUUCAUUUGAUCGACCUAAACGCAGCGGACCCCACACAAUGGCGGGCCCUCAUCCAAGACUUACGGGCCCGACCCGAAGGCCCUCCCCAUUUGAGGAUAACGGGUAUCCAUCACCGAAAGGAGGUGUUGGAUCACAUGGCCCGAAUCUUGACCCAAGAAGCCGAGAAGUUGGAUUUGCCGUUUCAAUUCAACCCCAUUGUUUGCAAAUUGGAGAAUCUUGAGUUCGAGAAUUUGCGUGUCAAAACAGGGGAGGCUCUAGCGAUUAGCUCGUUUACGCAGCUGCACACGCUCUUAGCUCCGAAUAACGACCCAAGAAACGGGUCCCACUUGCAAAGGGAGAUGCUUGAUAAGGAUAACGAAUCGGGCUCUUCUUCACCGCCCUUGUCUUCUUCGGCUAGAAUCGAUAGUUUUAUUAGUGGUUUGUGGGGUUUGUCUCCGAAGAUUAUGGUGGUGACUGAGCAAGAUUCCGAUCACAAUGGGAAGGGUUUGAUGGAGAGGCUAUCGGGGGCUUUGUACUUUUACGCAGCGUUGUUCGAUUGCUUGGAAUCUUCUCUGCCGAGGGAAUCUUUGGAGAGGUUGAAAAUGGAGAAGAUGGUUUUGGGCGAGGAGAUCAAGAAUAUCAUUGCGUGCGAGGGUGUUGAGAGGAAGGAGAGGCACGAAAAGCUCGAGAAGUGGAGCCAAAGAUUCGAAUUUUGUGGUUUUGCGAAUGUGCCUCUUAGCUAUUACGCUAUGCUGCAGGCGAAGAGAUUGAUGCAAGGGUUCAACUGCGAGGGUUAUAAUAUUAAAGACGAGAACGGUUGUGUGGUGAUUUGCUGGCAAGAUCGGCCGCUUUUCUCGGUUUCGGCUUGGAGAUAUAGGAGGUGAAAAGAAAAAAAAAAACGAAGCUUGGUUGAUUAUUAUUGACCUUAUUUUGUAAUCCUUGUUUAUGUUCUUCCAUGUUUGUUUAUUUGUAGAGGUUAUUUUUUCUUUCGGUGACGUAAUGCUAACUCGUCUGCAGUUUGUAAGACCGUUCUUUCAAUGGUUACUUAAAGUUGGUGUAAUAUAGCUCGAUUCAAGAAUGUGUUUGUCUGAAUAUCUCUCUCUAUGCCUCUUAAGACAUUGAUGCUGAAUGUAGAGAUGAUUGUAUUCUUCUUGUCUAUGGGCAUUUGGGGCCACCCCUUUUGGUUU